AUGGUAACAAGGCGCAAAGCAACAAAUGAGAUUGCUCAACCAUGUUAUGUAUCUCUUACAGAGCCUAAGACUGUUAAACAAGCUUUGGAAGAUGAUUUUUGGAUUGUUGCUAUGCAAGAAGAACUAUCUCAGUUUCAAAGUAAUAAUUUUUUGGAGUUGGUAACACAUCCUGCUAAUACAAAUGUUGUGGGAAGGAAGUGGAUUUUAAAAAACAAGACAGAUGAAUUUGAGAAUAUUAUUUGGAAUAAAGCACAGUUGGUUGCUCAAGGAUACAAUCAAGUUGAGCGAAUUGACUUUGAGGAAACCUUUGCUCUAGUCGCAUGGAUAGAAUCCAUUCGAUUACUUCUUGUUGUGGCCUAUCAUCUUAAAUUCAAGUUGUUUCAGAUGGAUGUCAAAAGUGCUUUUCUCAUUGGCUUUUUGCAAGAAAAAAGUCUAUGUUGA